AUGGACAACGACCCUAUCAUGAGCAGCCCCGUCAAGAGGCAGAAGACUGCUGGCGGCUUCCGUCCUGCUGGUCGCCGGCCACAGACACAGACACAGACAAAUACUUCAGGAACGAUACCGACGCAGAUUCUUUCACGACCACCGCCGCAGGCCAAUCUGACCUUUGCUAACCUCAUGGCCGACUUGAAUGGCGACUCACAACCCUCCUACCACACUCAACCGACUCAACCCCUGCCGCAGAAGCGCUCUCACUCAUCCACUCCUACCGUCCAAGUCGCUCGCAGCUCGCCCGCUCCUGUUCCCGAGUCACCUCUGCCGCAACCUCGUCCCCAAACCACAUUUGGCACUCGCUUUGCCCCGCCUGGAACUGCAUUCAGACGCCCCAUUGGCGUUCCUCAGCCUCGUCCUGUGCAGGUCGUUAACAUCGACGACGACGAUGACUUUAUCGAUCCUCCGGUCGACCGCAGUUCAGACACCGAGGGUCCCGCUACGCAAUCUGCCAUCAUUCCUACUGCGUUCACCAGAGGUGGGAGGAACCUCGACUCCUCUCCCAAUCGCGUUCAAGAGAGCCCCAAGUCUUCGGCUGAGAAAUUUAAGAACUUUACUUCGUCGUUCGCCUACAAUGCUGGCGGAAUGGAAAGUGCUUAUGGAGGUGUCUCGAGGAACAAGCCCCAACCCCAACAACGCCAGCAUGCACCUUCGCGUGCUCAGCCUGUGGAGGACAUGUCAAUAAAUGAUAUCUUUGACGUUGCGGAUCAGAANAAGGUGGAGCGUAUGAUGAUUGUUCUGCCUGGUCGAGCUAUACGCGUGCUGUACAAGGCUUUGCAGGACCGCCAUGGUAACUUCGACGAUGCUGUUGACCAGAUUUUGCGGGAAGAGAACGGCGGUAACAUGGAUGUUGUCGACCUCACUAGCUCAGACAUUGAGAGCAAUGCCGCAAAGCCUAGUGCCCAACCUCGACCAGCCGCCAAACAACAAGUCAAAGCACCAACACGAACCAUUGCCGACAAAUACUCGACUAAACCUAAGCCUACUACUACGACAUCGUCAGAGGUUGCAAAGCCCAGAAGACGCUUGAUGCAGGGUCGCAAGAACCCCGAAUCUCCUAUCGGCUCUCCUUCACCGACCAAACCUGUUGAAGCUGCACCCAAGAAGCGUCCUGUCAUCAUUGACUCUGACGAUUCUGAUGCCGAGUCUGGCAGAGAGUCGGAAGAAGAAGAUACAAGCGACUUCGAUGGUCGUCUACUGAAGUUCCUCAACACAUGCAGUGCUCAGGAUCUGGCCGAUAUGUGCAACGAAAAGUUAGAGAUUGCUCAAUUAAUUCUGUCCAAGAAGCCUUUCCGCAGUCUGAAUGCUAUCCGAAACAUUUCCGAUGCUGCUCCCCUGAAGUCAGGCAAGAAGUCUGCUAAGAAAGCCAUCGGAGACAAGGUUCUGGAUGUAUGCGCAGAGAUGUACAGAGGAUAUGAAGCUGUUGACGAGUUGGUCGAGAAAUGUGACAAUCUUGGUAAACCCAUCGCCGAUACAAUGAAACAAUGGGGUAUCGACGUCGCUGCCGCCGCCAAGGACGGUGAACUGGCUCUUACUUCUCUGGAAGACACACAGCAUGAUUCGGGCAUGGGCACUCCUGCUAGCUCUACUGGCGUUCUCGAUAACGACGAUGACGAUGACGAUAUAGUCAAGCCUAAAACAACUAGACCCAACAAGCUCAAGAAAAACAUCUUCUUGAAGCAGCCGGCAAACAUGAGCACUGACCUUGUGAUGAAGGAUUAUCAGCUGUUUGGUCUGAAUUGGCUCAAUCUGCUCUGGUCUAAAAAGCUGAGCUGUAUCCUUGCCGAUGAUAUGGGUCUUGGAAAAACUUGUCAGGUUAUUGCUUUCCUUGCUCACCUCAAACAAACGGAGGUACCUGGUGUUCAUCUUGUCGUGGUUCCUGGAUCGACCCUGGAGAACUGGAUCAGAGAGCUGAAUAGAUUCUGUCCCGCUCUCGAUGUUGCCCCCUACUACGGCUCGCAAGCCGAAAGAGAGGAACAACGCUACGACUACGGAUCACGCCUGGAUGAGAUCGAUGUUAUCGUAACUACGUAUGAGACGGCUGUCGGAAAGUACGAUACGGACUUCUUGCGCAAGACUGUACGCCCGGUGGUAUGCGUUUUCGAUGAAGGCCACGCUCUGAAGAACAGCCAGUCCAAGAGACACCAACAGCUGAUGCGCAUUCCUGCCGAGUUCCGCCUUCUUUUGACCGGUACGCCGCUCCAAAACAACCUGCAAGAACUCGCCUCUCUGCUUUCCUUUAUUCUUCCUCAACUUUUCAAUUCUCGAAGAGAGGAUCUGGACAACAUUUUCAAGUACAAGGCUACUACNAAAGAUGCCGAUCACGCAGCUUUACUUUCUGCACAACGCAUCGCACGAGCUCGAUCAAUGAUGACACCGUUUAUCCUUCGCCGAAAGAAGCAGCAAGUCCUGAAGCACAUGCCUGCCAAGCACCGUCGUGUCGAAUACUGCGAUAUGAUGCCAGAGCAACGCGACGUAUAUAAUGAGAUGGUCAAGCAAGCCGUCGAUGCCCGCACACAGCCCAAGAAGGGUGGUGCCAAAGCUGCAAAGACCGCUCAGGAGAUGACCGCAUUGCGCUUUGCAGCUCUCCACCCCCUUCUCCUUAGACGCAAGUACAGCGAUAAGGAGUUAGAGAAGUUGGCAAAGGCCCUGCAGCGAUCUGAGGAAUACGGUGAUAACAAGCCAGAACUCAUCUGGAGAAUGCUCACAGAACAUACCAAAGGUGGUGACUUUGGUAUGCACAAGUUCUGUCUCGACUACGACUUCUUGAACAAGUACAUCCUACGCAACAACGAGUGGAUGAACAGCGGGAAGGUCAACAAGUUGAAGGAGCUGCUCGAAGGCUACAUCAAGAACGGCGAUCGCACUCUUAUUUUCUCCCAAUUCACGACGAUGAUGGACAUUCUGGAAGCAGUCCUCGAGACACUUUCAAUCAAGUUUAUGCGUCUGGAUGGUAGUACCCCCAUGGCGACUCGACAAGACAUUAUCGAUCAGUUCACCAACGACACCUCAAUCCCCGUUUUCAUGCUCAGUACCAAGGCUGGUGGUGCAGGUAUCAACUUGGCUUGUGCCAACAAGGUCGUUAUUCUUGACUCUGGUUUCAACCCUCAGGAUGAUAUCCAAGCAGAGAAUCGCGCCCAUCGUGUCGGUCAGACUCGCGAUGUGGAGGUUGUUCGUCUAGUCACCCGUGGCACGAUUGAAGAGCAGAUCCACGCUCUCGGAGAGUCCAAGCUGGCGCUCGACGAUCGCGUGGCCGGUGCUGCUGAAGACGCUGCCGCUGAGAAGAAACUCGAGGCUGAUGCAGCACUUGCCGUUGAGGACAUGUUCUUCAAGCAUCUGGAAGAGGAGGAGAAGGACGUGAAACCAAAGAUAGAAGACAAAGACGCCGUCGAUGCCAUGGACAUCACGAAAGACGACACUGCCUCGGCGAAGAGCAAGGAUCUUCGCGAUGAGUUCAGAAACGGGCUCAAAGAUGCAGGACUCGACGUUAAGGAAGAGGAGGACGUCAAGAAAGAGGCCGACGUAAAGGAAGAGGUUGAGGUAUAA